UAUACUCGGUGUGGGGAUCAAACCUCAGUCCUCCACAGCCUUCAUGUCUGACAGCACAGAGAGGAAGAAGAGGGAGACGGGAACUGACGGACUGACUGACUGACGCCUUUUCUGACUUUUUGACGUACCGAGGAACUUUUUGUCCAUGUCACCAGCAAACCUGAGGCCAGGACACCCAUCAGCCUGCAGUAAAGCUCUUUGCCUAUUCCACGGAUUAAUUUAAUCACACCGGGAUUCGAUAGCCUGGUUAUGGAUUUUAACCUGCUGACGGACAGUGAACCCCGCAGCCCGGCGCUGUCGCUCUCCGACUCCGGGACCCCGCAGCACGACCAGGGAUGUAAAGGCCAGGACACCAGCGACACCGAGAAAUCCCACCAGAACCAGCUGGACGAGUCCAGUGCUGAGGACGGCUCUCUGAAGAAGAAGCAACGACGACAGAGGACUCACUUCACCAGCCAGCAGCUCCAGGAGCUGGAGGCCACCUUCCAGAGAAACCGCUACCCUGACAUGAGCACCAGAGAGGAGAUUGCAGUGUGGACCAACCUCACUGAGGCACGGGUCAGGGUAUGGUUCAAGAACCGGCGUGCAAAGUGGAGAAAGCGGGAGAGGAACCAGCAAGCAGAGUUGUGCAAAAAUGGCUUUGGUGCCCAGUUCAAUGGACUCAUGCAGCCCUAUGAUGACAUGUACACGGGCUACUCCUACAACAACUGGGCCACUAAGAGCCUAGCAAGCAGCCCGCUAUCUGCCAAGAGUUUCCCAUUCUUUAACUCAAUGAAUGUAAGCCCCCUUUCAUCCCAGCCUAUGUUCUCCCCACCUAGUUCCAUCCCCUCCAUGAACAUGGCCUCGAGCAUGGUGCCCUCAGCAGUGGCCGGGGUUCCCACUACGGGGCUCAACAACCUGGGUAACCUUAACAACCUCAACAGCCCCUCAGCACUCAACUCGGUAGCGGUGACUGCUACCACAUGCCCCUACGCCACCACAGCUAGCCCCUACAUGUACAGAGACACCUGCAACUCCAGCCUGGCCAGCCUGCGGCUCAAGGCCAAGCAACACGCCAACUUUGCUUAUCCGGCAGUGCAGAACCCUGUAUCCAACUUGAGCCCUUGCCAAUAUGCUGUGGAUCGGCCGGUAUGAAGAAAAAGCUCCAACAAUGACCCCUGACCCCAUCGACCAGUAAGUCCACAAUUCCCCCACUUCUCAUCUCUUCAGUUCCACAAGCUGCCAGAUGUGCUGAAGACUGGCACAUCAUGUGUUGAUGGUUCUCAAUGAGAAUCAUCUUCAAGACUGACAACAAGUAGACAUGCCCAGAUGGACCACAGCGCUUCAAAGGAAUUCUCUUCAGUUUGUGAGACUUUGUUGCUAAACUGACCAGCUGCUUCAAAGGAUUUCUAAAGAUUAUUAUCCAUUAUCAUGUUUUCCUUCUUUUGAACUGCAUGAUUAGAGUAAAUGUAGAAACUAAGGCAUAAUAAAACAUGGAUGCUUCAACUGGACUGGCGGUCAACAUUUUGGCCCAAAAUCAUCAAAUGUGAUCUUUGCUACUAUCACAGGAGAGGGACCUGUGGUUGCCGUACAGGAGAAAAAGAAGAUGUAUAUAAUGGACUUUUUUCUGUUUUGUAUGUGACAUAAGAUAUAUAAAAAUGUACUUUAAGGAUGAGAAAAGCAUGUUCUUCAAAAGCAAAGGACCUAGACUGAUGUAGCCCACUGUAAGCACAUGCUUUAGGAACUUUACACUUUGUUGUUGAAUUCUCCUCAUGGACGGUCAAAGGUCAAAGGUCAGUUUUGGCGGGCAAGAGGAGGCGGUCCUGUGAAGGGUGCACAACCUCAAGCAGUUAAAUACAAAUACAUCAGUUUACUCACACCCAUAACUGAAUAUCAGCUAUCAAGAUUCUUCAAUUAAAACUCUAAAAAGCCAUUGAAUAUAUAGAUUUGUGUGGUGUUAUACAAAGGGAGUCCAUGCCUGUAAAAAAUGUAUGUAAGAGUGCAGUUGUCAUAACAAACAAGCUUUUUUUCCUGGUGUAGCCUGCUUUGUCUCAUUAAAGAACCAAUUAAAGGAUCUGUUUUUAUGUACUACAAAUGGACUUUGACAUUGAGUGAACAGUACAUGUCCUCUCAUAUCUCUGAUCUAUAGCCCAGGCAUUAGUUGUGUGACACCGGCCAAAACACUAUGUUCUCACAACAAUCACAGGGAUGCGAUGGAAACCCUGACUCACUUCCAUGGCAACAAUUAGGCGAAGAUGAAACAAUUAGUAGGAUGGAGGGAGAUAUACAGUAGAUGUUCACGAUGGCUGCUCUGCGAUAUGUUUGACCCCAACUCCGAGUGGUAACUGCAGGCUAUCCAGUAACACAGCAGGAAUUCACAGAGGCCGAGGCUGAAGCAGCGCCAGAAUUACAAACAGGCCUCAAGGAGCGAGGUGUCCCAAUGGAGCCACAAGUGAGGGAUUAGCAGCCCAUCAAUCCCCAUCAGUCCCUGCAACUGUUUAUUGCUCUGACAUCCCCUGUUGUUUUUUCUUUACGCUGAUUUCUAGAUUCAUUCUACAAAGUCACGGUUUCAGGUACAGAGCUUCAAUAAAAUAUCUUGUCAUAGCAGCUGUCUGAACAGUUAGACCACUCAGCAUUGAAACUGUGUUGCCACUAGAGGUCGGUACAAUUUAUAAUACACAUAAUUUAUAAAGGGGACAUGUUAUCUAAUUAAUAAUUGUUUGACUGUGAAUAUAGAUGCUUUAUAAAACAUUCACUCAACCUCAAAUACCAGGGACAGAUUUGUGAGUUUGUGACUCUCCUAUAUUUAUUUUUUAUCAUUUGUUUUCCCUCCCCUGUUCUAGCAGCC